UAACUUUAGGUAUAAAAUAAGCACGUCUGACGUGGUGAAGGACCUGAGAAUCUUCCCAAUUUGGUACAAUUAUUUUCGAAGGAUUGAAGUGAGCAGUGGAUCUAACGCCUGUCACAUCCUGUCACUUGGGUAUACAAGGUAUAGGGUAUGAGGUACGAUAUGCACCUCGUAAAAGUAGGACCAAACAUUCAUUGGCAUCCCUUCUAAUUCCCGCCCUUACUUUACCUUUCAUCGAGCGGUAUCCUGGGAUUUCGUUUAUUUUACUCGUCUAUUCUUUUCAUCGGCAACCCAUACUCUAUUUUAUUUUUCCUUCUUCCAUGAAUAUUUAGAAAUUUACUAUCUGUUCCUGAUUUGAUGCUGCCCUUUCGCUUAAGCCACCUCCGAUGCUCGAUGUAAGGCCCCGGUCCACAGAGACUUCACGGCCGUUUGCCUUCCUAGCGCGCGUUGUCUUAGAGUAGAUCAUGUCGGAAUUCCGCUACUCGACUGACAAUUUCGAUGAGCCGGAACCUAUAUCCAACAAGCCAAAGACGAUCUGGGGAGUCGUCAUAUCAUGUAUGAUACUGUCGUGGAUAUGUGUUUGCCUUCGAUUGUACGUACGGUUCAGGAUCGUCCACGCCCCAGGCUGGGAUGAUUUAUGCGUAGGACUUUACCUACUCACGAUCACUGCUGGAUCAAUAGCAGUAUGCUUUGCAGUCACGUACGGGCUUGGCAAGCACUUUUUACAACUUGAGCCGUGGCAGUCCAAGGGUUUCUUACAAACAUUUUACGUCGCAAACGCAACAUACGUAACAUCAACAGCAUUGAUCAAAGAGGCUCUUCUACUGCAAUACCUACGCAUUUUCGAUCAAGGAGUAUUCAUUCGCCGGUUUAUUAUUGCGCUGGUCGUUUUUACGGCGCUCUGGGGGUUUGCAUAUUCCUUUUUAGCUUGGGUUCCAUGCGUGCCUGUCCACGACUUUUGGACCAAAGGAGGUGGCCCAACUUGUUAUGGAUACGGUUCACAAUACGCUAGACCGUUUGCUGCUACAUUUGAGAGCCACGCUGCUAUCAAUAUGGUCCUCGAUAUUGUGGUUCUUAUAAUACCCUUGCCAUUAGUUUUUAAGGAUGGUUCGACGGCGAAUACGCGUGUGCGGUUAGCUGCGUUGUUUUCUAUGGGCGUCUUCGUGCUUGUCUUUGCGAUUUGGCGGCUGGUAACUCUUGUCGAGCAUAGGGUAGCGACAAUCCCAACAAGAGAUCCAACGUGGUAUGGUCCCAUUACCAUCGUUCUGGCCGUCUUAGAAGUUGAUGCCGCGAGCGUCUGUGCAAGUGUCCCUAUUUUCUGGCCUGUGCUUAGGAACUUAGACUGGGGCAAGAUCUUCGUGACGCAAGAAGUAGAUAUCACGAGGGAGACGCGGUACAUGGAAGAUGACGAAGAUCGUUUAACGCACGGGACCACGCAUAGCAGAACAGGCAGCGAGACGGACUUGGGGGCUGGUAGCGGAAGAGGAUCGAGGAAUAAGGAGACGUAUUAUCAAGAUUCGUACGUUUUAAGCCAGGUGGACCCUUUCCGACCAUCGAUUGAGCGCGUACAUGCGAGUGCGAGGAGUGAUAUAGCGAAGCAAGGUUCGAGAAAAUGGAUGAAAUUAUGAGAUAUGGUUGGUCACAUGUUUAAUAAAAUCAUUGGCUACGCGUCUCUUUGAUUCUUUUUGCAGUGUUGUCCUUCUCUUUCU